GUAGUAAACGGUCAAACACCCGUAUGUAGCUUUGUGUCCGGUGGAAACAUGUCGGUAAGGAGAGAACCCAGUGGAGGAACUGCGGCGUCGGUGAAAUGCACACCUGACACGCGAGCUGAGCGCUAAAAAGUCACGACAAACGGUGGGAGUUUCGUGGACGUUUUUGGGGGCUGCGCCAUCACAACAGAGAGGGUCGGUGGAGGACGAAUGGAAGGAUAAAAGAAGACAUCCGUGGCUAAGUUGAUCUGACUGACUGAAGACUCGCUGGCAGGUGAACGGACGCAGAGGGAAAAAAGGGGUCAGCGUGUGCUCUCAUCAAGACGGAGCUUUUCUUCGCUAGGGGAUGUUAUCCGUGCUAUCGUAUGGUAGACUGGUAGCCAGGGCUGUCCUGGGCGGACUCUCUCAGACUGACGGUCGGGACUACAGCCUGAUCACCGCCAGUUAUGGCUUCGGCAAAGACUUUCGGAAAGGUAUCCUCAAGAAAGGGAUGUGCUAUGGGGAUGACGCCUGCUUCAUAGCGCGGCACCGGACUGCUGAUGUUUUAGGUGUCGCGGAUGGUGUAGGCGGCUGGCGGGACUAUGGUGUUGAUCCGUCUCAGUUCUCUGCCACGUUAAUGAGGACCUGUGAACGGCUGGUAAAGGAAGGACGCUUCACUCCGAGCCACCCGGUGGGCAUUCUGACCUCUGGCUACUAUGAACUUCUGCAGAACAAAGUCCCAUUACUAGGCAGCAGCACGGCCUGCAUUGUGGUUCUGGAUCGUAGGAGUCACCGGCUACACACCUGUAACCUUGGAGACUCGGGCUUCCUGGUGGUACGAGGUGGAGAGGUGGUCCAUCGCUCAGAUGAGCAGCAGCACUAUUUUAACACGCCCUUCCAGCUUUCCAUUGCUCCCCCUGGAACUGAGGGAGUGGUCCUCAGCGACAGCCCUGAAGCAGCUGACAACUCCUCUUUUGACGUCCAACUCGGCGACAUCAUCUUAACGGCAACAGAUGGCCUUUUUGACAACAUGCCAGAUUACAUGAUUCUUCAAGAGCUCAAAAAACUCAAGACGUCCAACUAUGACAGCGUCCUGCAGACUGCUCAGAGCAUUGCGAAACAAGCUCACGACCUUGCCUACGAUCCCAACUAUAUGUCCCCUUUUGCACAGUUUGCCUGUGACAAUGGCUUGAAUGUAAGAGGAGGGAAACCGGAUGAUAUCACAGUGCUGCUGUCCAUUGUGGCUGAAUACACUGAUUAAGUGUGUGUGUGCAUGAGUGUGUUUUCUUUGGAGCUGAUUCAUUCUUCCCAUCUGCCAGAGUCUUCCGUUUUAUGUCUUCGCAACGUGAACUGCAGGCCAGCAGAGGAUGCUCGCCGUCACAAGUCACACUCCUUGUAGAGUUUAGUUUUCUUCCACUGCUUUUAUAGCUGGAGAGGUGGUGGGAAGCCAGGUCGCCUUUCAUGUUGACCAUGAUGGGGGACGGCGGGCUGAGGAACGCUUUUCAGGUCGACAUGUCUCACUUUAUGGCAUCUUUCACUUUUUGGUUAUGUAAUAAGGCAGCCUGGGAGAAUUUGAAUGUGUAAGUAAGCCAGGGAUUUUGGACACCUAACUGAUGAGCAGUAGAGCCGGUUAUAGGGUGUGUCGCUUCAAAUGUUUUUAUGCUUAAAGUUCAAAUCAAAGGCAGAGAUUUAGACUCAGGAUGGGAAUAACAGAUGCUUCCAAAAGAGAAUAAAAUGGGAUUUUGGGGGCAUAACAAUGUGAGGAAAUGUUUUGGAAAAAAAAAAAAUCUGUAAAGACAGAGUUCAAAUAUCCAAGAGUUUAAGUGAAGGUUAAUUGGGUUAGCUUUGGGAAAUUUUUAGGUGCGCACAUCUUUAUAAGUUGUACAUAUUUCUACGUUUUUAAAGGUAAUUUGCAGGCUUUUUUUCUGUUUGCAAGCAGUUUUGUUAUGUCAAAGACAAACACUGAUCCAUGCACGUGUUUUGUUUUUCUCGUAUACAUGGGGAUGUCAAUGUGAGCUGCAUCACCUUCCAGUAGAUAAAAUGAACAAGCAGGGCGUGUUCCUGCAUCACACGUGCAGCAGGAAAUAUGUGAAUUUGUGUGUGAGGUACGAGUGAAACGUUAGUGGAAUGAGCAUUGUCUUUUUCUGUCCUCAUGAAGCUAAAAUUAGCAUCUGGGAAUGCUUAAAAUGGAAAUGAUAGGUCAAAAAAAGUCAAAUGUAUAUUUUUUUUAACUUGUUUUUUGUCUUUCUGUAAAGUAAUCCAUAAAGUUGAGAGUGACAAGAAGAUUGCGUUAGAAUCAGAUGUACUUUAGGUUUUCAUUUGUCGUCUGUUCUCAAUGUCUCUUUUGGCAUUUGUUUGCUGCUUUUCUUCAAAUUCAAAUGUCUUUAUAGAGCUCAAAUGUUGUGAUUUACAUGUAUAUAAGGUGGUGUUUAUGUGUGCAAAUGUGAGUGCAGGAUUUUGCAAAACUAUAUUAUUCAAAAGAAAGGAAAAAGUAAAAUGCUGUUUUGUUCACAGUAGUCUGUAGCUACGUUUCUGCAUACGUUCAUCACAGUUUAAGAGCUUUGGCACCAAAGACACAAUUGUAAUUCAGUUUGCUUCGUUCACUCAAAUCACACGGCAAAAUGACAUCUGUGAUCUCUUACGGACCUUAAAAUGUGUCUGAAGGGCAUUCAUCUACUUUUAGGUUACAUGUCAUUGGUUAUCUGUUAGCGUAAGACAAGUAACCAAAGAAGGAAAGCCAUAUUCAUGCACAUGAUUCGGGUAUUGCUCUGUAAAACACACUGCAGCUUGUUGAAUCCAUGCUUUCACAAUUGAAAUCAUCCACCACAUAUACUGACAACUUCAUAAUCCAUUUGUCCUUUCUGUUGAAACGAGCAGUUGAAUCCUAUUUUGAAAAUGUAGUGAUCAGUUCAAAUGUCGCAGGUCUUCCUUCAUGACAAAAUGUAAAGGUUAUUUGAGCGUCACUCACCGGACUCUGCAUUGUUUGUUUUCGCACGUCUUGUGUCUUAUCUCCAUGGCUUAUUCUCUGACAUUUGGAGUCUGUUCUCGUCUUUUCUUUCUUCUGAGGGUGAGCACAGUUUCCGCCUUAAAAACUAGACUCAUAAUCAAGAGGCCUUUCCUGUUAUUUCGAGCCUGUCACAUCAGUUGUGCUGCAGAGCAUUAGAUUCCCCGACAUCCCUCUCAUUUAUCUCAUGUUACGCCGUUUCAAAGGUGCUUCUGCAGUCUGAAAUGAUUGUCCAGUCUACAAUGUAACAAUGCAGGUCUGAUUUCUGUAAAUACGUUUUGAAAUAUAUGUACAUUAUUUAAAUAAAGAAUCUAGUAUUUAUACUAAA